AUGCCCAAGGUGCUCAUCGCGAACCGCGGAGAAAGAUGGACGACCGUCGCCCUGUACACCUCCGGUGACACAAGCCACGCCACCUUCGCCGAUGAAGCCGUCCACCUGGCCUCCGCCGCCGAGUACAUGCUACCCGAACGCAUCCUCAACAUCGCUCUGAGCACGCAAUGCACGCACGUCCACCCAGGCUACGGCUUCCUCUCCGAAAGCCCCGCCCUCGCGCACCUGCUCGUCGACGCACCCGCACCUACCAUCCCUAUCACCUUCAUCGGCCCCGCCGAGUCCACCCUCCGCAUCGCAUCCGACAAGUUCGCCACGCGCGAGCUCGCCCGCGCGCACGGUGUCCCCGUCGCACCGGGCGCGCUCGUAUCUUCCGCGAGCGACGUGCGCGCGUUCGCACGCGGCGCUGGUGUUGGGUACCCCGUUAUCAUCAAGGCGCUGGACGGAGGCGGUGGGCGCGGGAUCAGGCUUGUCGCGUCGGAGGAAGGGGUGGAGGAGGCGUUCGAGCGGUGUGUCGGCGAGAGCCCGUCGCGGCGUGUGUUUGUCGAGAAGGCGCUCGCUGGGCCGGGGUGGAAGCACGUUGAGGUGCAGGUUGUGGGUGAUGGAAAUGGGGAAGUGGUUCAUCUGUGGGAGAGGGAGUGUAGCGUGCAGAGGAGGUUCCAGAAGGUCGUUGAGAUCGCGCCCUCGCGCCUUCCCCGAAAUGUCGUCGACCCGGUCCUCGCCGCGUCCGUCAAGCUCGCCAAGGCACUGAAAUACAGGGGACUCGGAACGUUUGAAUUCCUGCUCAACGCUUCAACACACGAACACAUCUUCCUCGAGAUCAACCCGCGGGUGCAGGUCGAGCAUACCGUCACAGAGGAAAUCACCGGUAUCGACCUCGUCCGCACCCAACUGCUUCUCUCCCUCCCUUCUCCGCCUCCCCUCUCCUCCAUCAUACCCCUCCAGCAUCAACCCCGCGGGCACGCGAUCCAGCUGCGUCUCACAGCCGAGGACGCCUCACGCAACUUCGCCCUCUCUCCCGGCCGCAUACACGCAUCCGGUGUACGGUGGCCGGGCGGGCACGGUGUACGCGUUGAUACGUGGUUGACUGCCACUCCUAACAACCAGGAUGACGAGCGGGAGACGGAAUGGGAGGUUGGCACCGAGUUCGACGCGCUGCUCGCUAAGAUAAUCAUUCACAGCGCGACUUGGGAAGAAACCACUGCGCGCGCCUUGCGCGCUUUGAGGGAGCUUCGCGUUGGUACUGGUGGUGACAACGGUGGAGUUAAAACGAACGCGGAUGUUCUAGCAGGUGUGCUUGCGCAUCCCGCAUGGGCAAAGGACGGAAUCGACACAACAUGGCUCGAGCGAAACCUCGAAGAUGUUCUGCGGCUCGGUCGAGGUGCACUGGAGCGUCGGAGCGUCAAGGGACUGGAACCACAGCGCCCGUCACAAGCCGGCCAAACCAGCAACGCAUCACAAGCAGACGCAGCCCAUCCACAAGGCGGGAUAACCAUCCAACCCGGCACAUCCUUCCAGCUCUCCCUUUCCGUCCCCUCCCCCGCCUCCGCCGCGGGCACCGACACGUUCCCCACAGGCCGCCACACCAUCACCCUCGCCUCCCUCGCACACAACACCUUCCCCUCACACCUCUCCGGCACCCUCUCCUCCUCGCUAUCCCACCACCCCGCGGUGCACUUCGACCUCGCGCGCCUCGCCACGGCCGCGAGCAUGGCAGACUACGAGCUCGCGCGGCCGGGCGACAGUGCACACGUCAGCGCGCCGCUGGGCGGGAAGAUCGUCGAACUGCAUCCGGCGCUUCUGCGCGCUGAUACUGCCGCUCGUUCAGAGGAGGGACAAGAGACGGAGGCAAAGGCUGUGAGGGUAGAGGAAGGGGAGACGGUUGCGGUGCUGAGCGCGAUGAAGAUGGAGACGGCGGUGCGUGCGCCGCGAGGGGGGGAUGUCGUCCGUCGGGGACGCGGGAUUGAGGUCGGCGCGAUUGUGGGCGAGGGUGUGCUGUUGUGUGUGCUGGAGAAGGGGCUGAGUAGUCGCUUGUGA